AUGACUUUUAAUCCACAGAUUGUUAUGGGGACCGAAUCUUGGUUGGACGAUACGGUCUCUGACACUGAGGUUUUUCCGCCGGGAUUUACGGUAUAUCGUAAAGACAGACAUCGACACGGAGGAGGAGUCUUUUUGCUGGUUUCAUCUUGGUGGAGAAGCUGUGCAGUUAAAUUUGAGAAUGACUCUGAGUCGGUGUGGUGUCGCGUUCGUUUUCCCAAAGGGAACACUGUGGUGUUUGGAACUAUCUACCGUCCGCCAGACGGAAAUGAAACAAGCAUUUCUUUACUCUCAGAUAUGUCAUCGGUGAUACCAGACACCGUCUUUCUGGGAGGCGACUUUAAUUUACCAGACUUUUCGUGGUUAAGUGGGACGACGGCAAGAAGCAAAUCGCGUGUUUAUUCUAUGUUCACAGAAUUGAUAGAUACAUUUGGUCUGAUUCAGUAUGUCAUGGAGCCGACUCGACUGACGGCAGUUUUAGAUCUCGUCUUAUGCAAUGACCCAAAGAUUGUUUCUAGCGCCCAGGUAUAUCCUGGAAUAAGUGAUCACGAUGUUGUUGUUACCGAGUUGAAUGUAUCAGGCGUACCUGAACAGAAACAAGAGCCACGCAGAGUACUCCUCUAUGAAAAGGGUAAUUUUGACGCCAUCAAUAAUGCUUUACAGACAUAUUCUAACUUUUUCAUGUUUAUCUGA